CCAGUAAUAGGAGGGUUUAUCGACCGUUACCUUGGCUGGCGAGCAGUCUUUUGGUUCUUGUCAAUUUUCACUGCAUGCUACAUUGCGAACAUUCGAGGAAAUGGGAGCAUUCCUUCAAGCGGGAUCAGCAUGACACUGUUGGAUAUGUGCAGGAAGAUUUGUCGGGGUGGCAAGGAGGAACCAUGGACUGAGUUGAUGUUAGCUGCCGAACAUGAACGGAAGAUGUUCCUGCGCACGCUUCACUAUUUUUUCGAGAAAGACGUAUCAAUCCUUCUCUUUUUCAAUGGAGUGAACUUCAUGAAUAUGUACAUAGUCACGGCCACCACCGCGACCAUAAUGCAGGAUACAUAUGGGCUGGUCCGAGUGAUGCAGGUCUUUGCUACUGGAAGACUGAUCGAUCGCGAUUUCCACUCUACUCUCGCAAGCUACAUGCGGGAUCGUCGUUACGAUCGCGAAGAGCAUCUUCCAAAUUCACUGAGAGAUAUAAAGAAUGGUAAGAAAUCGUUGUCAGAAGAAGAGAUGCUCCGGUUCCCUCUUGAACAUGCAAGGCUCAAGUCGUCUCCGAUUUACGACCUUGUUCUUUGGUCCUGCAUCGUAGCCUAUGGAUGGUCUGUACAUUUUAAAGUCCAUCUUGCUGUCCCUCUCAUCUUUCAGUUCUUCCAGGGCCUUGGUCAGGUCGCAUCGAGCCAGUCUAUUACUGUGCUGUUAAUGGAUCUCUAUCCUGGAGAGGAGCAUCCAUUGCCGCCAAUAUCUAACCUGGUAAGUGGGGAAUUCACCACGGCCGCAGAUUACUCCGACUUUACCGGAUGGGUGAUUACAGACUCGCUCCCUGAUCGGGGCUAUUGCUAUCGCGAUCAUCGAUCCGCUUCGCCGCGCGUGGGAAUGGGCCCAGCGAUGAUGGUCAUUGUUAGCGUUCCCUUGUGCCUCCUUCCUCUCAUGUUUCUUGAACGGAGGCGUGGAAUGAGAUGGCGUCAAAAACGCGCGGCAAGAGGUGCAACUGCCAACUGCUCCGACCCGGCUCAGAAUAAUAUCCCUGAUAUCAGUGGCCGGACUACCCCGAUACAGGGGUAGAUGGCCCUAUACAGCUUCAUCUCUUCCUAGAACUCUAGUUGGGAUUACUUGCAAACUUCUUCGUAAUCAUCUCACCGUCAUUGUCUAUAACUCUUCGUCUGCAGCGGGUUUACAAAAACCGCGUUCUAUGGCCGUCCUCGUGCAGGACAACAACCAACAGACCUGCCCCUUGUGUUCGUAUUUAUGAAUUGUGAAGCAGAAAACAAAAUGUUGUACAGGAUCACCAUCUUGAAAGGAAAUGAAAAGUGAGCCGAGGCGAGGGCUGCGCCAAUAUCGACCUGCCCGGUGACCUGCAGCAACAGAAAACCUCCCAAACUCCAUCACACAUCAACCAGCUCCCACUGCCGAGUCAACAAAAAUGGGUAUACAUGUGGGAGCACUUGUUGG